AUGCCUGAACCUGAAGCUGAACCUUCCUAUGGGUAUGGUAACUCCUAUGGGUACCGCAGCUACCGGCCAGUGAGCUAUGGCUAUUCUCAUCACUAUCACAAGAGAUCUGCUGAUCCUGAACCUUCUUAUGGAUAUAGCCGUGGUUAUUCUGCUCCCGUCUACCACAGGCCAUCUUAUGGUUACAGCCAUGUGACAGAAAGGGCAUGGUUACCCGUGCUUCCCACAUCAGUACAGUUGGUGAUUGUGCUCUUGGCGGCUCCCGCUUGGGCUGCUGAAAUUGAGAAGCGAGAGACGGAGUCUGGUUAUGGAAGCUAUGGCCAUGUGACUCACUAUCAGCGUCCCUCCUAUGGCUAUUCCAGUCACUAUCACAAGAGAUCUGCUGAUCCUGAACCUGAAGCUGAACUUUCCUAUGGGUAUGGUCACUCCCAUGGACACAGCAGCUACCGCCUAGUGAGCUAUGGCUACUUUCAUCACUAUCACAAGAGAUCUGCUGAUGCUGAACCUUCUUAUGGUUACAGCCGUGGGUAUCAUACUACAAACUACCACAAGCCAUCACAUGGUCACAACAAUGGUGGAUAUCAUUAA